AUGGAGCCUACAGAACGAUCAAGCAUAACGUUUCUGGAUCUUCCAUUGGAAAUACAAAAGGAGAUUCUCUUCCAGUGCGCGCAAUCCGACCUCAUCUGCGUCGCUCUAGCUUCAAGACAUUUUCGCGAUCUCGCCGCUUCGAUUCUCUACCGCGAAUUCAACAUUAUAUUUCCCGACGAUGAAGAGGUCCUGCUGGAUAAGCCCAUCGACGGGCUCGCCGGUGGCCUCGAUACGUUGACAACGAGCGAUUACAACUACGCACAGCACCUCAGAGAGAUCUCAAUGGAUACUCUGAGUCUUGGGAUGAAGGGGGAAAUGUCGUACCAGCCAUAUCUAUACAGAGCAAGCUGCGGAAAGUUCUUCAACACGCUGCUCUAUCUGACUUUGAAAAAGGCCAAAAAGUUAGAAACAUUCAAAUGGAAUAUCCGGGUCGAGCUGACCCGACAAGUGUACCGGGAGUUGCAUCGCAUGGGCAGCCUGAAAAACCUCCACCUCCGUAUGCAAGCUGGCGAGUCGUACUACAUGCCCCCUCCUCCUCUGCCGGCUGCUCCUAUACCAACCGCCGCCGAGGUAUGGACGCCCGAUCACUGGUCCGGCCCGCCGCCCGCGAUGCCAUCCACGGUGUCGUUGCCCCUGACAGUGAACCUUCCGCCACUGCCCGGGCCGCCUCCUGCUCUGGUACCGCCAUCCAAGAAGCUACCGAAAAGUCGGGCUGCUCGAAAGGACAGCUUUUUCAAAGAACCACCGACCGUGUCUGGCUUCGCCAAGUUACAGUCGCUUGCAGUCCUGGACAUUGAUGACCUUGAUAUAUCUACAGAGCUCGCUGCCUGUGUCAAGAAUUCGUCAAGGACGCUGAAGAGGCUCUCGCUGUCCUUCUCGUCCAGUCUCGCGACGGAGGCUCGCAGGCCACCACACGACUCUGACCCUGAUGACUCAGAUAUCGAUGAGGAGUUCACCGUCAACGGUCAUGGGCAUCAUCACCACCACCACAACCACGAGUCGACCAGUGCCGCCAAGGUUUUCCGCGCCCAAGAGGAGCGCAAAGUGCAGGAAUCGUUCCUGGCACGCAUUUUCGAGGUCGAGGCUUCCCCAUCAGUAGCCAAUCUUGCAACAGCCGCGUCGGAUGACAAAGGGUCUCCAAGUGGUACUGCCGAUGGACCAUCGAAAAGCCAAGAGACGCCGGCAACAGACACCAACUCCCUGGAACUGGUCCGACAGUUUCUCCACGCCGUUUCAAGCAAUUUUACGACACUUUCAAGCGGAACGCAAGAACGCGCGUCCGCGCACCGAACACUUCUGAACGUGCUUGAAAAAGCUGCACUCGAAUACAUGGGAGCUACAGGGCUUGAAUCGCUUGGUAUCACAUCGGAAAAUGUGAGUCAAGCCCUGGCUGUGGAAAACGAGGCAAUCGGCAAUGGGCCAGGGGGAGUCGGGGACGAUGUCGACUUGGAGCAGAGCGACGCGGCCAAGGAUCUCACCGGCAUUUCAAACUGUGCGGAACCUCUGGAGCUACAAAGUCCGAAACGAGAUGAUCCUUUUGCUCAUGGAUCGUCAUCGCUACCAAAAUCAGGAAACAGCGAGGAGAGAUUGCGGUCGAAGCACGUGUUCUAUGUGCGCCAGAUGGAGACACUAAGCAACCGGUUGAGUGAGCUACGGAUAGAAGGCAAUGACCAGGAUGCCAGUGAGAUCGACAGUCUCGUGGGACAGCUUGCGCAGGCUGAACACGACACGCGGCAGAUUGAGCACCAGCUGCAGAGCAAAGUCCCCGAUGGUCAACAGGAACCAUUGGACGCCGGUCAUGAUGUGCGCGACUAUUUGAAACAAACAAGGGGUCACUCCCUUGAGUCUCUGAGUAUCUACCUCAUCCCCAUUAAAGCAUCCGUUCUGUCGCGUGCUGUUGACCUGCGGUGUCUCAAGCAGCUCACCCUGCUCAACGUUGGGAAUCAAGCAGCCAUUUGGGCUGCGCUCACAAAGGAGAACCAGCAUUCACCGUUACCCCUCAGAAGUGUCUUCACAGACCAUGUGAGCGAAGCACUCCUGACAUGCCUCUCGCAAUUGCCAGCGCUACACGACUUGUUUAUGGUCGAACAGAGCACCAAGAACAAACCGGAAAGCCUGGCGCCGCGCACAACCGUGACCAUUGAGCAGAUCAAGAAAAUGGUUCUGCAGAAGCACAUGCGCACGCUUCGGCGCCUGAUGAUCAAAGAUGACAGCCACGGAUCCAGGAAAUGGGAUAUUACCGACAAAUUAAUGAAGCUCAUUUGCUUUGGGGGAGAGCGGCUGGAGGAGCUGGCGAUUUGCCUCAACAUAUCUGCGGUGCAUACGAUGAUCCAGAACAUCAGCCAACUCAAGCAGCUACGCGCUUUCCACAUACUGCGAUUCAAGAACAACGACACCUGCGUAUGGGUGAUGCGGGAGAUUGUCAAAUUCGUGAUUGACAGCUUGGCGCAUGUUCCGGAAUCGAAGCUCGAGUACGUUGGCAUGGAGGAUGAUCGUGUCGACCGCAUUCUGCGGUUCUCGCAGACAGACAUGAAUCUUUUCAGAGAGGAGAGAAGGAGGGCAAGAAACAAGAAGGGCAAGGCAAGGGCGCCCAUUGCGUUCGUGCCCAGUCCACCAUACAAUGCGGGCUAUUCUUCCACGAAUUCGGUGCUGUUGUCUUCAACGAGCGACACGGAGAGUGGCAGCGACGAGGAUUUUGACUGCGAUCCCAAGUUCAAAGCAGUAGGGCCGCUACGUUUCAGCGACGUCUGGGGCGUCAAGAUCUUUGAGAAGGAAAUACUGGAAGCCCGACUUUAG